AUGACAUGGUCUGAUCUCUUUGGGGUCAAAUUGAUCUUACACCGUUAUGUUUGCCCUUAUGCUGUUUCUACUGCUACUGCUGCUGUUUCGUCUGCUGCUACUAUUUCUUCUGUUUCGUCUGGUUUUAUUUCGUCUACUGCUGUUUCUACUGCUGCUGUUACUGAUGCUGAUGCUGAAGCUGAUGCUGAAACUGAUGCUGACACUGUUUCUGCUACUAUUGCUACUGUUUCUACUGCUAUUAAUACUGCUGCUAAUGGUGAUAUUGAUGCUGGUACUGAUAAUGAUACUGAUGCUGUCUUUGUUUCUGUUUCUGCUACCAUUUCUUCUGCUACUGAUGCUGCUACUGCUUUUGCUGUUGGUGUUUCAGCUGCUGCUGCUGCUGGUGUUUCAGCUGCUACUGUUGCUGGUGUUUCAGCUGCUGAUGUUUCAGCUGCUGCUGUUGUUGGUGUUUCAGCUGCUGCUGCUACUGCUGCUGCUGCUACUGCUGCUGCUGCUGCUGUAAAAUAA